AUGGAUUUGGGCUCCAUCGACAUCAGUUCUUCAGCUCUCGAGUUAACUCUUCAGAUCGUUGCAACAAUGAAAGUCGUGAUCGUACUUGCAUGCCUAAUGGCGCUUGCCGCCGCCGUUGAGACGGACGCAGUAGUAGAGGCAUCUGAUUUGGAUGUUGCCGAAUACAACAGGCGCAGUGGGUACUAUGGAACAUACCGCAAGGGAUAUGGACCAUAUGGUGGCGAAUAUCGCGGAACAUACAGAUGGGGCCGCCACCGUCGUUCAGUUGAAGACGGAGCGCUUGCCUCUGAUUUGGAGGCUGCGGAACAUCAGAGUCGAAGCUAUGGAGGCUAUGGAAGUACCGGAGGUUAUGGAGGCUAUGGAAACACCAGAGGCUAUGGAGGCUAUGGAAGGACCGGAGGAUAUGGAGGCUAUGGAAGUACCGGAGGAUAUGGAGGCUAUGGAAGUACCAAAAGCUAUGGCUAUGGAAAUACCAAAAGCUAUGGCUAUGGAAAUACCAAAAGCUAUGGCUAUGGUGGCUAUCCCAGCGGAUACGGAAGUUGGGGCUAUGGUAGUUAUGGAGGUCACCGUGCCUUUGGGUACUCCGUUUAAAGGAAAGAAAAAAUCAAUUUUUCGAAAUAUCUGUCCAUGUCUGCAUGACUGUUACUGUUUGUUUUAGU